AUGACGGAGCAGCAUAACAGAAGAUCCGUUCUCGUUGUGGCUAGAGUUCGUGUAGUGUCACGAAAAAAGCCUCCUGUCUAUCCUGGAUGCACGGGCUCUUCUACCUAUAGGUCGUAUCCGCUGUUCCGGAGCAGAACCGCCGUGUCAUGUUGUAGUCGGCCGCUCCUGGAUUCGAGAAUCUUCAACUGACUACACGGCUACACACGACACGCACACGGGGGACUAUGCAAGAGUCAUGGCCGUCUAGCAUACCCCUGAUCUGAUCUGGUCCACAGCACCUAAUUGGGCCCACAGCACCUGGAGGUUGUGAGCCUUUGGGACUCUCUUCUUCUGCCGCUCCUCAGUCUCAUCUUCUUCUGCCCUUCAUUUCCUUUUCCUCGACAGACAUUCACUCUGCUCGCCCAACAAGAUGAUGUUUGUCUCGGAGCUCCUCGAAAACCUGCUUCGAUCCGCGCUAGAGCCAUUUAUCGAGGAUUUGGAUAAGCU